AUAGCUGAAAAAUAGAAAAAGCCUAGCGUUUUAUAAAAAUAUGAGCAGCAGCCAACAGACAACUGCGUGCCGUUUCGUGCACGUUAGGCCCACAAGCCUCACGCGCCUUGGUCCCCCUCGACGCGAGGCCUGAAAAGUCGACGGCGCAAGGCGGUCUUCUCGUAAAUUUCAUGAACUUUAGUGGCAAUCUCUCCUUCCGCGCACGUGAGUCUCUCCGUGGAAAAGAACUCGACGCUGCAGCCAAUUUGCCACGACACACGUGCGGCAAUAUAAUCGCCACGUCAGCUCCUCGUUUCACCUUAUUUCAAAUUUCAGUCAAAUCCCAGCCGUCCGAUUCCCUAUUCCAACACCUAACUAUAGCCACACGAUCACCGAAAUUUUAAAAAUAUACUCCAGAGAAUCUCGCGAUACGAUAAAAUGGUGCGACUCUAAAGCUGACUGAAUGAUCUGACACAUCUCCUUCUGAGACAGAAGCGAGAAUUUCGAGAAGAAAGUUCUGAUUUUGAAUUCGAUUUCUAAUUCGAAGGUUCAAUUUUGGCUUUUUCUACGGGUUCCCGUCCGUUUCUCCAUCGCAGAACCGAGUUAGCCUUCUGAGUGUUGUUGAUUCUUCCGCAAUCGGCUGUUCGCUUCCGACAGAGAAUCCGGAACAGGGUUAUUUCCAGCUUCGGUUUUGUCUGCUCUUAAAUCGGCUGGAAAUCGCUGAAAGUUUUGAUUUUCCCCCCUCAAUUCGGUGGCGGGACGGAGUUCAACAGCUGUGAUUGGCUUUGGUCUGAACGGUGAAAUCGGGAUCAUGGUGGAAGAAGGUACCGGAAAUGAACCUGUGGCAUCUGACGAACCAUCAGCCGAAGAUCUGUUAUUACAGGCGCAAGAGCUUGUCCCAGUUGCUCUGGCCACGGCGAGGAAGGCGAAGGGAUUUCCCAGCAGGUGGAGAGUGAUCAUUUCAAGAUUGGAGCAGACACCGUCGUGCUUAUCAGACUUGUCGAGCUAUCCUUGCUUCUCAAGAAACUCUCUCUGCAGAGAGCAGCUACAGGCUGUAUGGUCGACCUUGAAAGAAGCCAUCGAACUUGGAAAUGUGUGCAUCAAGGAGAAACAUGAAGGCAAGUUGAAGAUUCAGAGCGAUCUUGAUUCUCUGUCUGCUAAACUGGACUUGAACCUGAAGGAUUGCGGUCUCCUUAUCAAAACCGGCGUUCUUGGUGAUGCCACUUUGGCUCUGUCUUCUUCAGUCCCCGGCCCGGAAACGUCCAGCGUAAGAGAACUGCUUGCUCGUCUUCAGAUUGGUCGCUCGGAUUCCAAGCGUAAAGCCCUCGACCAGCUCGUCGAGAUCAUGAAGGAAGACGAAAAGACUGUUUUAAGUGUGUUGGGUCGGACCAAUGUUGCGUCUCUCGUGCAGCUGUUAAUGGCGACUUCUCCUUGCAUACGGGAAAAGGCAGUGACUGUGAUCUGCUCUCUGGCAGAAUCCGGCAGUUGCGAGAACUGGCUUGUGUCUGAAAAUGCUUUGCCUCCACUGAUAAGGCUUCUUGAAUCUGGUAAUCCGGUUGCCAAAGAAAAAUCAGUCAUUUCCCUCCAAAGAAUGUCUAUAUCAUCGGAAACCGCACGCUCCAUCGUCGGUCAUGGAGGGGUCGGACCACUGGUCGAGAUUUGCAAAAUGGGUGACUCAGUCUCGCAAGCUGCAGCCGCCUGCACGCUGAAGAACAUCUCAGCAGUGCCUGAGGUAAGACAAACCCUAGCCGAGGAAGGAAUCAUAAAGGUGAUGGUCGAUAUCCUCAACUGCGGAAUCCUGUUGGGAUCGAAAGAAUACGCAGCCGAAUGCCUUCAGAACCUCACUUCAAGCAAUGAGAGUCUUCGAAGAGCCGUCAUAUCAGAAAACGGAGUACAAGCCCUUCUGGCUUACCUCGACGGCCCUCUUCCUCAAGAAUCCGCGGUUGCAACCAUACGGAACCUGGCUGGUUCGGUCUCUGCCGAAACAAUGUCCAAGAUUAUCCCGCAUUUAGUCCAUGUCCUGAAAUCUGGGUCAGUCGGUGCGCAGCAAGCGGCUGCAUCAACAAUAUGCAGGCUAGCCACUUCGACAGAGACCAAGAAACUGAUGGGCGAGUCCGGUUGCAUUCCGUUUCUGGUCAGAAUGUUAGAAGCCAAAUCCAGCGGCGCAAGAGAGGUGGCUGCACAGGCGGUCGCGGGCCUGGUCACGGUUCCACAGAAUUGCAGAGAAGUCAAGAGGGACGAGAAGAGCGUGUCGAGCCUUGUGCAGCUGCUGGAGGCGAGCCCGAGUAACACAGCCAAGAAGUACGCGGUUUCGAGUUUGGCGGCUUUGUCGGCUAGCAGGAAGUGCAAGAAACUUAUGGUGUCGUACGGAGCUGUCGGGUACUUGAAGAAGCUGUCGGAGAUGGAAGUUCCCGGCGCUAAGAAGCUACUCGAACGGCUUGAGAAGGGGAAACUCAGGAGCUUCUUCAGCAGGAAGUAGACAGGUGAUGACGAGGGAAUAAAAAUGCAAAUCAAGAAGAUAUUAUAUAUAAAUAUAUAAUUGUUUUUUGUUCAUAAUGAAUGUUUCAUAAUCUAUAUGAAACAGAUCUUGAUCUUCAAUGGUUUGUACUUCGUAUGUAUUACAUUACAUGUUCUGCAAAUGUACAAGCAGCUUCAGCUUCAA